AUGCGUCUCAUUCUUCUGGCUGCUGCUCUGUUCGGACUCGCUUUGAGUCAUGCGCAGCCUCUGCUGCGACUUUUCGGACAAGACAUCGAGGUUGGACUCGAGCAUCAACGGAGUCCGGAGCAGGCUGUCCCCGACGCCAGAGGUUCACGUGCAGCAGCUUACGAGCAGCUCGUCGAGCAUGUAGUGCGCAAAGAAGGAACAGGUAGCUCUGGUCCUGCAUCGUCAGGCGACAUUAUAAGAUUCUCGCAUUCUCCCUCCUCGGCGUUUCGAUCAGUUCUACCAGCCCAUGAGACUCAACUGAUACCAUCUGCAACCCCUCCGGACACACCAGGCUCUACAAGCAUCAGACUACCCUCCCCUCAAAUCGACCUGGAUCUAUCCAAUUUACGGAAAGUUCCAUUCGAAGAAAACCAGGUCGUGUUGCCGAAAACUCCAAUAUUCCUUCGUCCUCCAUGGUUCGACAAAGUCUUUGACCGAAUGCUUUCUACUUUACCAAACCACAGAGUGGUCGUAUUUCCCGAGGUCAAAUUUUCAAGCGACGAAAUAUCUCAGUUCGAGGCCAGGGCAAUCCCUUUGAUCGUGCGGGGGGAAGUCUACAAGCUGCCAAUCCCCAAUGAAUGGUUACACGAAGCCGGCAUUCACGCACCGACGGAGGUGCUCGCCAGAUACCAUUCCAAGUUCACAAUGAGAGAACGGACGAUUUUUAAAUUUGUGUCUUUAUGGAUUACAGCUGAUGGCGGUUCCAAGCUCGCCUUACUUGGUGCUUUUCACUUGAGCAAGCCGGCCUGGGGCUCUCUCGUAACGCAUCACCCUGGUAUGCAGAGGAUUGAUGCUAUUUAA